AGCAGGAGCACUCGAUAACAGUAAAAGUGCGAAAACAACCUUUAGUGCCGUGCAAAAACGGCUCUGCACGGCAAAAGUCGUGAGCGGUGACUGGAGCGGCCCUGGAGGAGCGUCGCGAAGCACAAGCCAUCGGCGGUUCCUCCCGUUUUUUUCCUGCGAACUACGGAGGCAGACGGGGACUGCAACAGCUAUGGCGUUUGCAGUAUCAACAUCUUCUUUCUUCACCAACACGGCCGCUUUCUUCACCAACACUUUGACGACGCCACAGAGGAAGUGCUGAUCGACCAGCUGCUCAUACACGACUAGCCACACGUAGAGGAAGAAAUCGCCCAGCAUGACGUCGUCGCAAGCGGGUGUUGCUCCGCAAGACAUCACUUUGGUGCCGCAGCUGCUGUGCGUGCCUGAACCGUCGCUGACUUCCGUCCAGGACAACAGCGCGGCGAAUUCAUCUCGGCAAUCCGGGACGAGGAGUGAGUGUUCUGCGACCAUGACGGCGUACGGCAAUCCGUCGUGGUGGAGCCACGUGAUCAUCUUGGAGGCGCUGUAAGCUCACGCGGUUUCUUCACUUCGGAACGUGAGCGGGAUGACGCUCCUUUUCCUGCCACCCCGCAUCCGCAGCAGGAGCUGUUGUGCGCGGCGCGUUUUCAACAUCUUCACCCUCCUGUUCAUCUUCCGGCAGCUUCUUGUAACCCGUUCUGGCGGCGCAGAAGAACGACCCGCAGUGGCUGCGUCGUACGCAAAAUUAGCUGCUGCUGCAAGCAUUAUCUUCCCAACAGCGGAAGGGAGUAUUGUUCCUGCGGAGCAACGGCGUGGUGUCGCAGAAGGUGUUGAUGCUCCUCCCCCACUGCACCCGUUCUCCGCCCACAUCUGCAUCAAAGGCCCGCAUUGCCUGUUUCGGAACGUCUGUCUGGAACAAAAUAAAUCCACCGCGGUGCCGGCCGCCGGGGAAAGUGCAGGCCGUCCGGAUGGUGCGCCAAACGACGCUGCUGCUCUCAAGCUGCUCUAUUUUCGAUCGCCGAAAGAACAGCUGACCCCGUGGGACCACUACAAUCUGGAGCAUCUGCAGCUCCAGCCGGGGACCUCCCUCUCGCAGCUGAAUACCGAGGUCACCGGCUACGCACGGGUGGAUCACCAGAAAGGGAUUGCGAGUGGAGUGGUCCAGGAUAACCUGCCGGUUUAUCAAACAGAAAAGAUGUUGAACUGCAAUACAGCAGCACUAUGUAACAUACUAGCGGACGUUCGUUGUUUUUGUCAUUCACCAUACCGCUGUGCAGAACAGCAACAGCUACAGCACUACUUCCUGCCCGCUCGUCGCUCAAAAAAGAAAUAGUUUGUUCGUUGUACAGCCAUCGCGUGAUCUAUGCUGACUUGUUUCCAAUUUUUUUCCCCCCCAUACGGUCGUGGUGGUGCCACCCCCUGAUUCUACCUCCGACGACGGUCGCAGUUUCUUCGACAGAAUCACCUCCCCAGGAUAUCCUGAGUAAAAACGUACCCACACCAUAGUCAAGAUGGGAAACCGGCUAGACAAAUCCACAAGUUUUGGCUGUUUUGCAUGACAAAUUUGGAUUCGUAGUGUAGUGCUGUUUGAGCUAGCUCAGCAGCAUCACAGAUCUAGCAUACCAUGCUGAUUGGAGCAUGACAAAUUGCAAAACACGACUAGAAAAUGCUUCUCAUGAGGCUCCGCAUGAGAAACAUUUUCAGCAUGCAGAUUUGCAUUACAACUCUGGUGUGGGUACGUUUUUACUCAGGAUACAGGAGCUGCCCUCUUCACCCCCGGCACGGCGAUUCUUCUUCGCCCCUUCAAAAACCUACUAUCAAAUGCAAAAAUGUCUAGGUCUGGGAGAUUCUGAGACUUGUCAUGCACGUUUUGCAUGAGCCAUGAUGUCUGUGAUGCAUGCCGUAGCAUCACAGACUUUUCGACGGAUUCUUGACGCCUAUUUCGCAUGACAAAUGCCCUAUCCGCGUAGCAAAAAUUACAUUCCCUUUGCUACUCAUGCAAUACAAAUGUUUUUGGAAUCCAAAUGCAGCAUCACAAGUUGCAUUCUUCAAGACCCAGACAGUUUUGCAUUUCAUACCUACUCGAGCGGCACUACGGUAACCUCUUCCUCGACGAAGCGCUAUCGGUGUUCCGUAUCUUGGACCAAUGGGGCCUGCUGCCGAGGAGCCGUGACGCUGAUAUUAGCCGAGACAACCACGCGAAAAUGACCGAGGAAGCGGAGCAUGCUGAGGCCGGCGCGGGACAAACCACUGCGGUCUUCGACCAUGAUGGUGAGGUUUUUCCCACAUCGACACGUUCACCUCAACUGCAGCUUGAUCGUCGGAAAGAGGAAAAUCCGACCGCGAAGAACGACGUUUCUGUCCUGCUGGACGUGUCUGCGACGACGGAAGAGGAACUCAGCGUGCGGAAGCAGCUGUUUUUGCGACGCGAGGACAAGUAUCCAUCUCGCAAAUAUGUCUGGGUCUGGAACGUGGUAACUUGUCAUGCAAAGUCUGAAACGUGCAAAAAUCUGUAUUGCAUGAGCGGCAAACCUAUGCACUGUUCUAAACGCGGUCAUAUUUGCAAUGCAUAAGAAGGCUCAACGUCGAUCUAGUACUACUUCUACUUUUCUUCGGGUCCCGCUCGCGGAGUCUGUACGACUUACAGGGACUACUACCAGCGGUGGUCUGGGAUUGCAUAUCAAAUGCAAAAGUGUCUGGGUCUGGAAGAAUGCAAGAUUUGUCAUGCAUAUUUCUCAUGACGCAUUUUAGUCUGUGAUGUAUGCCCUAGCAUUACAGAUUUUUAGAACCCUGCCUGAUGCACCUUCCGCAUGAGAAGUGCCCUGUCCGUGUAGCACACAUUAUACCCCUCUUGCUGGUCAUGCAAUACAAAUUUUUUUAGAGUCCAAGAACAGCAUGACAAGUUGCAAACUUCUGGACCCAGACAUUUUUGCAGUUGAUAUUGCACUCUUCUUCGCAACAAACAACCCCGCCCUCCGCCACCACGACCUACGAGUGCUUCGAGCGACUCGUGACCGGCUGGGAGGGCCUGGGGUUCUCGCGCGACGAGGAGGUCGACGAGUUAUCGAAAGCAAACAUGUCUGGGUCUGGAAAACUGCCAGGUUUGUGUUGCAUAUUCUCCAUCAGCCACGAAGCCUGUAAUGCAUGGCCUAGUAUCACAGAUUUUUAGAAGGCUUUGUGAUGCUAAUUCCGCAUGAGAGAUAAGCACCCAAUCCACGUGCAACAAACUGGCCUCGUCUUGCUGGUCAUGCAACACAGAUUUGUUUAGAAUCCAGAGACAGCAUCACAAGUUGGAUCCUUCCAGACCCAGACAUUUUUGCAUUUGAUACGAGUUUCUGCGCAUCAAAAAGCGCGACGGCAGCGAGGAGUACUUGAACUCGCUGUUCAACUCGGACGACGGCAACGCCAUGUGGUGGAGAGACGUGCUGGACUCGGCGCCGGACAAAGCGGCCCUCGCCGCCGCCUAUGCAAUGCAAAAGUGUCGUACUCGUAGCAAAUGCAUUUAUGCAUUACAAAUCUCGUUCUAUUUGAAAAUCAGCAUUACAAAUUCAAAUUGUAGCGCUGGGCUAAUUUGUGAUGCAAUUUAUACUAGUACGAUACGGUUUUUGCAGUUCAUAUCGCCCCGCCGGCCGCGCCGUUUGAGUGGAAAAAUCACGGGUUGCUAAACGAAAAGAAAUAUCAAAUGCAAAAAUGUCUGGGUCUGGGAGAAUGCAACUUGUCAUGCUGAAGCUGAAUCAUACAAAAAUCUGUGUUGCAUGAUUACCAAAAGUCGUCCAGUUUUGACCAAGUCGGGAGGGGGUUUCUCAUGCAGGAUAGGCAUGAGAGAGGUCGCGCAGAAUCUUCCCUGCUAGGUCCUGCAUUCCAGAACUCAUGGGUCAUGGAAAAGCUGCAUGACAAAUCGCUCACUCUUCCAGACCCAGACGUUUUUACAUUUGAUAAGAAAGCGACGUACUACUUCGGUGGCAAGGAGACGCGGGACAGGCUGGCGCUCGAUCACAGUGCAGCCGAGAAAGUAGACCUGCCGCUGCCGCGUGGCAAAAACGCAGGACAUUCAGAGGACGGGUACUUACAGUAGAGCUAGAAGACGCCUUCGUUCUGUUACAACUGCGGGAUUGCAUCGAGAAUGUGAAUGCAAUUUUUUUAUCGUAUUGUAAGUAUCAAUCCCUUCGCUUCGCUCCUCGAUUGCACGAAGGUUGGAUUAUUUCAAGGUGAAAACUUUUUCCACUACAAAUACAAUGCAGUCAGGAUAAAAAGGAUAGUGGGCUGCCACGACACCUGCCUAGCCCUAGCAGCGCAGCCACAACGAGGGUGGACGAAAAUAAAAUCGCCAGCUACACCAACCGGCUUUUUUUCGACGACAACAUGGAUGUCGUGCUGCACGAAGUCCCCCGGGAGGUGCCGAAAGAGGCCGGCGUCAUUUUCCCAGCCGACGGCGGACCACAAACAACGGCGACAGUUUUAGCGCGUGGCGGAAAACCCGCCACUGCGGUAGAGGAAAACGAAAACCGCUACUACACGACGACACGAAAGAACGAAAACAGCGAUCAUCCACCAGCAGCUGAAUUCGAAGAUAAAAUCGCUGCGACGUGGUCAACUACUGCACGUUCCUCCGCCGAAGAAGCUACAACUUUGCAGCCGAUCAUUCGACACCGCACUUCUCUUCGUGAAAAUCUAGUGAACUACGCCCCGUUCCGGGUGGUGCAGCACGGUAUGCAUUGCAAAAAUACCGUACUCGUAUUGCAGUCAUGCAUUACAAAUUUUUUUCUGGACGUAAAUCCGCAUUACAAAUUUUAUCUGUCAUGCGGAGGAAAUUUGCAAUGCAUUUAUACGAGUGCGAUACUUUUGCACAGGAUACACGGGGGCAAUAAGGUGCCAGACCUGCGGAAAUUCCGCGACUUCGUCGUCGGACGGCGGGCGAUAUCAACUGUAAAAAUGUCUGGGUCUGGAAGAUUCUGACACUUGUCAUGCACGUUUUGCAUGAGCCAUGAUGUCUGUAAUGCACACCCUAGCAAUACAGAUUUUUAGAGGGCUUCUUGAUGCGUAUUCCGCAUGACAAAUGCCUUCUCAGCGUAGCAAGAAUUGCAUUUCCUUUGGUACUCAUGCAAUACAGACUUUUUUGGAAUCCAAAUGCAGCAUCACAAGUUGCAUUCUUCCAGACCCAGACAUUUUUACAUUUGAUAGGCGCGGCACGAAAAACCAGGAGACACUGCUACUGCUGCCGCAGUAGAUGACGGCGCUUCUAGGACGAUAGAUCACGAACUUUCAACAUCUCAACCGCGACGAACCCUACAAGUGCUGGUCUCUGUCGUCGGCGGCGAAAACCAGAUCGGGUCGGUGACAAAAUGGAGUGAUAGUACCUACAACAGGUGGGGCGAUGCAACGUCAAGUGGGGAUCUAGUACCUCACCGUGCGAACGCGACGACUUCAUCUGCCCAAGAGGACUUCCGAGGAUUCCUCGCGGAGGCUCUCCAGCUGGCACUGGAGGAGGAGCCAGGUGGUCCAUCUGAAAAAAACGACGGAAACUACUCGGCACGAUCGCGCCGUCAAGAAAAAUCGGAGUACAACGCGAGGUCUAGUACUUCCAGGACGGCUACGACAGCCCGGGAAGCCGCCAACAGUGCGACCUCAUUCCGCAUCAGAGUCGUGGACUCUUGCGACUUCCUCGCGGAGGACAGAGGCACAGGGAGCGCAGGAGCCUCCGGGGCACAAAACGACGAAAAUAUAGAACACAGGCCUACUGCCUCUAUCGGACCGCUGUCGGAGGGUGCUACAACAGAGCGUAUGAUCGACUUCUCAGGCACAGAAGUACUAUCGUCUUCGGAAUCUUCACAUGCGACGGCGCAAAAGUCGUGGGAAAGCCAGUUCUCGUCUGGGACGGCAGAACAGCGGUUCUCGGGUUCUGUGGAUGUGCUCGUCAACCUAGACGCGGAAUUCUCUUCCGAAGGAGCCUCCGCGCAGUGUGCGAUACAACGGGAGUCGUCACCACUAGAGCCGGAAAGGAGUCGUGCCGCCGCUCUGACGGCCGCAGAGGUUCUGGCGCAACAGCUUCUGGUACCAAAGGUGCAGCGUAUUUUCUUGUGGCUCGCCACGUCCCUCCCAGGCGAGGCCGGGGCUUUGUAUGAAUAUUGAAUAAAGCGGCGUUUUUUAUACCACGUAUGCGGUACUAUUUUUCGGUCCCCGGCCCCACGACUCUUUGCUCGAUUAGAAGUCUUCUUGCAAGCUCGCAACCCUGUGAGUGCUUCGUGCAAUUCCUGAAUUCAAGCACUACUACCGUAGCAGUGCUUCACGCCGCAAAAAGCUGCAAAGCGGCUUGCCGAGCUGGUUCUUCUACCAGCAAAAAACAUUUUUGUAUUUUUCUAUAUGGCCUAGAUAUUUUUUAUCGGAGGAACGUUGAGCACCCGCCACUGUGUAUUUAUUUACAUUUGAUACAAGCUGCUCAAAGACGGGGCCCUGGCUAUCCUGCCCUACGUCAGUCUGGAGCCGCCGGAACAGGUGCGAGGAAGUCGACUGUUCCAACGGAACUACAAAGGACCACCGCCCGCGACAGAUGGGCACAGAGAGAUGGAUCACGCCAACUCCCUCCCACCACCAGGACCACCCGAAAAUGCCGUGUUCUAUGACUACAGCGUCAAUCGGGAGUCGGAGCAUAAAAUGCUGCCGCCACCGCUAUGGCCUGCUCAACCGUUACAGUCUCAAAUCGGUUACCAUAGAAUCUGGAAUUGGUCUUGCAUAAUGAGCAUGACAGACUCGCAGACCACUCCACUUUCUGCAACACAAAUUUCGGCAGAUUGUAGUGCGGUUUGGGGCUCCGGGACUUGUCAUGCGCAGUCCUAUGCGACUUGGCUAGAUUAUGCACUUCUUGCAUCACAGAUUUCCAAAUUCUAUUGUAACGCUUGGGAUUGCAACGUUUGAGCAGGUCAUAACCGCAAGGAAAGUCGUUCGUGGUGGCGAACUGGCUCGCGCACAAAGGCCGCCUGCGUAUUAUGGAUUGCAAAAUUGUCGGGGUCUGGAAGAGUACGAGGUUUGUCAUGCAUAUUUCUCAUGACUCAUGAUUCCUGUAAUGCAUGACCUAGCAUCACAGAUUUUUAGAAGGCUUCCUGAUGCCUAUUCCGCAUGACAAAUGCGCUCCCCGCGUAGCACAAACGGGACGCCUCUUGCCGGUCAUGCAAUACAAAUCUUUUUAGAAUCCAAACACAGCAUCACAAGUUGCGACCUUCCAGAGACCCAGACAUAUUUGCAUUUUAUACGUAUCGUGCAGCUGCCACUGUAUCUAGCGGCGUCGGGUGGAAAUUAUGGAUUGUAAAAAUGUCUGGGUCUGGAAGAAUGCGAGAUUUGUCAUGCAUAUUUCGGAUCACGCAAAUGGCGUCUGAUGCAGGCAAAAGCAUCACAGGUUUUGAUCACGCCUCAUGAUGCCUGUCCCGCAUGAGAAACUUCCUACUUGCGUGCCAACAAAUGGACAGCUUUUGGCGCUCAUGCAACACAAAUUUUUGUGUGUUCCAGAGUUUGCAUCACAAGUUCCAACCCUUCCAUACCCAGACAUUUUUACAUUUGAUAGAAAUGCGCCGACGAGGACAGCGAGUGGACCGCGGGACAACGACAAACGCAAAGCGAGGCAAAGUCCUCCUUCCCGCGAAAAGAACGAGGAAAUAAUGCGUGGCGUAACAACUACUGGAACCUCGUCUACGCAGACGAAGCCACGAGCGGUACAACUACCCGAUCAUCACGCAGCACCGUCAGAACAACUCCUCCCGUGGUCAGAGGAGUCUGGAGAGGGGGCCAGUAACGAACUGCGCCUCGCCUACACGACCGAGUUCUCCGCGCACGAGCAGCUGCUGAAUGCACGCGGGUUGCUGCAAAAAAUGCAAGUCGAGGACCAAUCGGCGGUCGCGCAGGAACUACACCACGACGAGCAGGGAGUCAUACUAGAGCCUGCUAGUACAUCAAAAGCAGAUGUGGACCGCCACGAAGAUGCCACACCGCGGGCAGCCGAAAGGAAACGUGCCCUAGAAGUAGAGCAUCAAGAAAUACCGCUGGUGCAUUGCCCACGAGAUCUUCAUGCUGGCAAGAAAAACGUCGGAGCGGAAUGCGCUGCGUCGAUCUGGGCGCGGCAAUAUCAACUGCAAAAAUGUCUGGGUCUGGAAGAGCGUAAACUUGUCAUGUAGGUUUUCCAUGACCCAUGGCCAUGAGGUCUGGAAUGCGGGACCUAGCAUGACAGACUCUGUGAGGUCUCAGUCAUGCCUAUCCUGAAUGAGAAACUGCCACCCGACUUGGUCGAAAGUGGACAGUUUUUGGCGCUCAUGCAACACAGAUUUUUGCAUGACUCGGAUUCAGCAUGACAAGUUGCGACCGUCCAGGCCCAGACACUUUUGCAAUCCAUAGGCAAGGCUGCGUCACGAGACCGCAAGACUACACCAGGUAUUACGCAUCAUUAUAUGUAGAUGUUUUUAUUUUCCUGGCCUUACUUUGUUGCAAUUCAGUGCCGAACUUUACCCCCAACGGUAUGAUAAGCGCGCAGGUGUGAUAAGGAUGGAAUUGAGUAGCGGGCCGAUUCUGAAGACAGUGAGGACUUUUAGCUAGAAUUUACCGGCGCAAGAGUACCAUGCGUGAUAAGCUUAUGCUGCACGGCAUGGCUUCACAUGUAGUUUUUCUGGUACCGCUGAUGACAGGAUCAGGUUCAGUCUAGGAAAACACAAGCGAACAGCUGAUGUUUGUGUAUUCAUGGCCCCGCGCCGCUCGCGGGCUGGACGGUUGAGCUGAUGCACGCGCGGUGGCAACAACAGCUAGGUCUCUGUGAUGGCUUAAGGCUGCUUGUGUACAGUAUACAAAAGAUGAGCUGCGUUUUUGUAUCUAUACUACACAAAAGCUCAGUUUUGAAGUAGGACGUGGAGGGGCCUUGCUUGGGCGGCUCACCACCGCCUGUGCUGGUUCCCAUUUGUGCAGCUUUGUUUUAUUGCGGAAUUUCCACUUCUUCCUUUUCCUUGUUGCACGCAUCUGUAGUCCUCUGUUGCAUGUCCGAAAGCGAACGCGCAAGAACAGUGCGGCUCCUUCAUGCUUGCAGGCAGAGCCAGGCUUCCGGUGCAGGUGCAGCUUCCACAGCAUGAAGGCUGGAAAGAAGUCUGCCGGGUGGAAUUUCAGUUCGCUUGGCGCGCUUUGUAUCACAGUAAUACGGCCCGGUCUCGUGAGCUCUUAGGACUGCUGUGUUUGAAGACAGUAUGGUAAGCAUUCACGACUUUUGCUUAAGUAUCUAGAUUCGUUUCCGUGUAGUUCGACAGGAUUCUCGUAUGCAUAAUUCACGACUUCUGCUUUUCGGGCUUCCGUGUUUGAGAGGAUUGCUCCGGGCUUUCAUGACAUUUACUUGUCUAGUACCUUUUCGGUUGUGACGUACCAACGCAAACUGGUGAAAUUCGGUUCUACCAUGUUUGUGUUUUUUCUAAAGUACUUGCUUGCUUUCAGUUGCAACUGAAAUCCGUCGUUACCUAGGGGCGGUUUCGCCCGCUUCACAACGGGAACGCAGUUGAGGGUGCUUCGGCGGCCGAAGGUUUUUUGACAUCGACAUAAAUGACUGUCGGUAGGUUUUUGUUGCUUGCACAGGCUUAGGUCUUCAUUGGCUACCUCGAGCGCGCGCAGUUUUUCAAGUAGAAAAAGUAGGUUAGAAGCAGCCGGGGUGCAAGUAGAGGACAACAGCUAGAAUUCGAGCGGGCUGAGUGCUUGCGCACUUCUAGGGUGUAACACCGGUAAUAUCAACCGUGCCCAUGCUAGCGGGGCAUAGACGAACGUGACGGGGAGCUGCGCAGUCGGAUUUUGCAACCCCCCCUCUAGCUGCACGAUGGGGUCCUCAAACGUGGGGCGGCGUGAAUUUUUUUUUUCCAUGUAAAAAACAAGUCUGAAGUCCUGGCAAAUUUGCAAAAAUGACCGGAAAAUAGGUUUCCGGCUUGGCUGCCCGUGGCUGCCUAAAGACCUAAACCCAUUACACUACAGGCUGGCCUCGAACAGAAAGAUAGUGGACUGGUUUCGCGAACAAACAUAUCAAGUUGAAAAAUCCCCCCUCCCCCUAUCAAAACGAAGGCUCUGAUGCUGGAUUUGCGUGCACAAAUCAAAUUUCUAUAGCUGGAGAGCACUACAGGGCAAAUAUCAAGCCAGAGCAGAGAGGUUUUGGGUUAGGCACUUAGCAUGAGAAACGUCUGUGCUCUAGCUCUAGGCCCAACAGCAUCACAAACCGCCUGCAUGGUGCGCCGGUGCCUGUGGGGUUGCCUGCUUGCAACAUAGGCGGAAUUUGUGGUCGCGAAUCAGCAACACAAACUUUCGGAGACGUACCUUGUCAAUAUGGGGAGGGGGGAUUUUUCCUCGCAAAAAAACCGCAGACCAACUAAUGGACUAUGAGUCGAAAUGUGUCUAAGUCUGGACUUGCCAUUCGAAAGUUCAAGGACAAGAAGAUAAGUAGAAUCUGUGAUGCGUGUAUACAACGCGUGGCGGCCAUUUUUAUUUUUGUCGUCUUCGACGAGCACGAGGCCCGUUUCAGUUUGUCAUGCGCUUACUUUACGAAAGAUGCCGCAAUAAGCCUCGCAAAACUUCUUCUUAUGUAUGCUCCUGUGCCGUCGUCCCGUACAAGCGGGGUAAGUACUCCACCGCGACGCAAGUAUCAGCAAUACAAAUUUCUCGAGCCAGACAUAUUUGUAUUUGAUAUCGAUAUGGUUUUCCGCAAUUUGUGCCCGCACUUCUUUCCGGCUUUGGUUCGUUUCUUUAAAAGGUACGAAAACUCGCCUUUCUGUGUAUAUUAAAUCUGCUAUCGUGCAGUAGUAGCUCUCGCCCCCACAGAGUAAGAUUACUGAUGGUGCAUGUGCACUGUCGCGCCGUACGAUCAAUGUGCGAGAGUGGCAAUUAGAGCUAGAUUAUGAAUAGAUAUGAGCUCCUCGAGCAACAGUUCUUAUCAAAAACCGGAACCAAUCGUGCCAAAGCGGCUGGAAAAUGCUGGUGCGGUUUCUCAUAGUAUAAUCUAAGACGCGGCGUUACGAUCCGCAGUACAGACAUACCUUCAAAGCUGAGCAGCAGAGCAAGGCCUGGCCUCGUAGCAAGCCUUAGGCGGAGUGCUGGCUUCAUGUAGAUAUCGCGCUGAGGCUGAUAAGCUGCAGUUUUGGCUGCAUGUUUUUAAUUGGCACAUUCACAGGCGCAGCCAUAGCCUGAUACUCGAAAGCCAUGUUUUAGAAGGCAGGCAGCCCUAUUAGCUGCGUUUGUACUAAUAACAUGAUAUCAGUUGUUUAAUACUCACUUGCUGCUCGGCUCUGAUUGUGUGUUGAUUCAUUCCAAUAUGCUGUAUGGGGAACGCGAAAACAAGCGAAGUUCCGCAUCGGAUGCUAUGCGGACGAGGAUUAGUAUCAAACCAAAAUUCACGCAAGACGUAAUCAGUCUUUUUCAAAAAGCGUGUAGCUUCCACGCUGCGAGCCAGAGUAAAACAUAUAAUCAAAAGCGUAGAGUACAGAACUUUAGCUCCGAUGGUACGAUGUGCGGCACCAGAAGCAAUUUGUCAUGCACAAAUCAGAAUGAUUUACGUCUCUGCGGCGUUUCGUUCACAUCUAUACUCCCCGCAGCUUCAAUACAUUUGAUCACCUGGACGUAUGAAGUGUAAUACAGAAGUCGCCUUUGUAGUUUUCGAUGUCAGUUGCAAUCUCACCGCCCGUAUACAAAUUAUUUCAAUUGGUAAGCCCGAGCACCCGCUCAUGGUCAGGCCCAGUGCUGUCUACAAGCUACAGUAUUGCACUCCUUGGUCGUAAUUGCAUGUAGUAUCGCCUCCCUAGCCCAGUCCUGUCGUACCGCGCUAGUAGUAUCGAAAAUAUUAAAGGCUGAUAUUUUUAGGUACUGCUUUAUGCAAAUCUGUACAGUGAAAGAACAACAAAAAAUCUUCGCUAUACUGCUACAACUCCAUUUCACUAUACUCUACACAUCUUCUUUUCCAUAGUAUCGAAUACUGCGUGUGAUCCUGCGUUUUCCAUAAUUGAUCCUGCGUGUGAUCCUGCGUUUGUUUGAGAACGGAUACUACCCCUUUCCAAAUCAAAACAUUUUAGGACCCGGGGGGACAGGAAGAGCCCCCCGGUAGCGCUAGUCUCACAUGGGUGCACACAUAAGGACGUUGACGAAGAAACACACACACACACGGCGGUCAAAAAACACAAACAAUAUGCGUCCAGCACAAACUGCCCUGACUCGCUCACCGGAUGGAUGCGCCGCCGAGGUCCGUCGCUGCAGUAGCUUAAAUAAUAAUAGCUAUAAUAGAAAGAAAAAUAUAGAAAUAGUAGCGGCAAAGCUAUCUGUAGCGCUUUCCUGGUAGAACAGCCGCGCCACGCCGCUGAGCGGGAGACGGCCUGUCCAGUGAGUGAGUGCCCCGUCAACUGCUCGCCGGGGCGCUGCGUGGAAGAGCAGCGUCGCCGCAUGUCGAGCCGGGGAACUAGUUUGCUUUCGAUUGCCUUUUUAUUUUUUUUUUUUUAAGUUCCCCGUCAUCUCAAUUCCCCCUUAACUUGCCGCCUUACUCUUCACGGACAUGGGGGAUGACAUCAGCGCGUAGAACGGUUUGAAUCAGACUCGGGCUACAAGGCCACAGGUAAACUAUCCCAGUGUCUUCCGGCCGGCCUUGACGCAAUCUGACUACUAAAAACCUCGCGGUAGCUGGGGGGCGUUCUAGUCUUCGGUCUAGUUCGUCGCCCUCUACCAGGCCUGUACUACCUGAAAGCAGAACUUCGGCUAGGGCAACAAGAUCACAUCAAGCAGCAUCCGCGAGCAGCAUCCGACCCGAGAGUAGUCAGCCGGGCCAUUUCUGAAGGCGCUGCGAGGUGGGCGGAGAGGCAUCACGCUAGCAGUUGGACGGGAGCAAGGCCAGCGUUCUUCUGUGUGAUGUUCGUCGUAUACUGUCCUGCCUAGUUCAACUAUGUAGGUUAUCUCUCUCUCUCUCUUGGUCGUAAUUGCAUGAUGCUGAAAUUGUUUGACAUAAUAGUGGCCCCGCGCAGGAACGUCCUGUGCCUGCAGGUGCAGGAGCACACUGAAAAUUUGUAUUUCUUCCAGGCCACACGACCAGACCACGAAGCUUUUUCGUAUAUAUGGAUUCUCCAACAUCGGUCGUUUUGGUGGAGUUGCUCUGACAGUGAAGUUUUUGGUCGUUCUAAAAAUUACAUUUUCAUAUUCCCUGUCCGAUGAGAUAUCGACCUUCAGCGAGCCAGCCAGUCAAGCACCGGACGCGGCGCCGUAUCGAAGAAGAAUUGUAGUUCCCCCCUGCUCCCAGAAAGAGCAGAAGGCCGCUUUUGUAUUGCGAGCACCAUUCUCAUGGGCAUCCCCCCUGUAGUUCCCCCCUGUAUCCCAGAAAGGGCGGCCGUUUUUGUAUUGCGAACACCAUUCUCAUGGGCAUCCCCCCUGUAGUUCCCCCCUGUACCCCAGAAAGGGAAGGCCGUUUUUGUAUUGCGUGCACCAUUUUCAUGGGCAUCCCCCCUGUAUUGCGAACAAGAACUGCAGGCCCCCUCUGCUCCCAGAAAAAGAAGUCCAUUUUUGUAUUGCGAGCACCAUUCUCAUGGGAACAAACAUGAGCAUCCCCCUCUUGCCCAAGAAGUAGGCAAGCAACAUAAAUGCUUCAGGUGGAAAAGAUUCGCCGCGAAGUAUAUCUCUGCUGGAAAAAAAGGCCGAGCACGAGAGCCCACUGCAAUGCUUGCCAUGUAAAGAAGGCGAAGGUGCAGCAACCUACGCCGAAGCUCUGGACACGUCGCCCUUUCGUGUAAGAAGACAAGAGCUUUUACAUUUAGAAAGUAGGCAUGAGAAUUAGAGACUUUCCCCAGUUAUGAUAGAUACCGGGGGUGGGGCGCCGCUUAUCAUCCUGAUACCACGAAAAGGAGCUUCCUGCACAACCAGCUGCGGUUCCGGCCGCCGAAUAAGAUUAUGAGUUGCAAAAGUAUCGGCUACUAGUAUAGAUUGCAAUACAAAAAAUUGGGUCACGCAGCGUUGUAGAUUAAAUUUGUAAUGCGGAUUUCCCUGAACAACUAGAUUUGUAAUGCAUAAGGCCUGAACAACUAGACUUCUCAUGCUCGGGAAAUUUGUAAUGCGUUUGUACGAGUACGAUACUUCUGCAAUGCAUAGGAAGUCCAGCAAGUCCAUGAAACUGUCAAAGUAGGCACCAUUUUCAUUUUCGCUAUAUUCUUCAGAAUCGGCAAAAUCAGAGUCAGAACUGCCGCUGCUGAAGUCCUCUAAGUAAUCGUGUAUUUCCCCAUCUCGUACCUCUACCUGUUCUGGCGCCCCCUUCGCGUCGUGGUUCCCGUCAGUGUCAACACCAGCUUUGGGCUCUCCAGCGUCGUCACCAGCACGACCUUUCUCUUCCUCAUUCGCCGCAGGAGCUACAGUGGCUUCCUUCAUAAUAUCCUUCGCAGCCUUCUUCUCCGCAUCCUUUUUCGCCUUUCUCUCAGCGGUUCUAGCCUUUUUAGCCGCAUUUUUUUUCUCUUCCAUUUCCCGCUCCAGGAGGUCCUCUGCCGCUGCUUCUUGCAAUUUCUUGUCUUUGAAAUCCAAAAACUCUUCGAAAUGAAGCUUCAACUGUUUCAUUUUCGGAAUCUUCUCGGCUUCGAACUCUUCCCUCUGUUCCAUCAAUUGCUUCAAACCGUCGAGCGAUAGAGGUUUGAUCCUUUGGAACUGCUUAUCGGUAACCUUGUUCUUCAGCAUGACAUGAAGCGCUAGUUUCUGCGGAGGCGGCUUGCGUAGCAAAGCGAAAAGUCGCUUCUUCUCCUGCUCGACUUGUUUUCUCUUCUCUUCUUUCUCGCUUCGUAACGCGAUCUGACUGGCGGUUUUUUCUUUGUCUGAGGAAUCUUCACCUUCGGACGAGCGACCAUUUUCAUCAUCAUCUCCAUCGCGGUUGUCCCUCUUGCGGGCGACUUUGGAGCCGAUUUCUAGUAGUUCUUGUUCCACGCUCUGUGGUUUAUUUUGUCCUUCAUCUCCGUGGUCUUCAUCUUCUUUUUCGUCUUCGCUGCUUCCUGGCUGGACUCGCUCUUGCUCGAUUUUUGAAGUCGUGGCCCUCUGGCAGCUCCCGGAGGUGGUCGUCGUGGUCACCCCGACCUGGUCCUCUAUUUGCCACCAAUUCUUCUCGUAAUUCCAUUUCCACUCCACGCCGUCUGGUAAAAGCGCAUUGUCUUCUCCGACAUUUUUCCCAGUACCUGCGUGUUCCUGAAACUCCGAGGACCGCCACGCCGCAUGGUUUUCGGAAACGACGAGUUCCUCCGUUGGCCUUGGCUGUUUGUGUAGUUUUUCCACUCUCGCGGAGCGGUUCUUGUCAGCGGAUCGUCGUCAUCCGAGUCGCAAUCAGAGACGAAAAAGUCGUGACCGCGUGAAGGGUGGCGGUUGUUGACAACGGGCGGAUCAACAUUCAGGUUGUUCGCCUGCUCGUCCAUCUUCGACGCUAGAUUGUGCUGCUCCACAGAGUCGCCAGCCAUGGUGGCGCCAAGACUUAAAUUCAAUUUGAAUUUGAUAUCAAUGGAUCAGGAACUCGUUUUUGAAAUUCAAAUCUGUGAUGGGAUGAAUCGCGAUGUCCAAUGAGAAUGACCACGCUGUGCUUUUUACAACAUCUUUACCUAAUCCUAGCACAUAGACAUCAUACGAUAGCUGCGGAAGCUGCCCUCAUAUAAUCUUUUCUUCUUUUGUAGUUGUUUGUCCAUUACUACUACAUCUUCAUCCGCUAGGCUAAAAAGAAGGAGAAAAUGUAAUGCGGAUUUCCCUGAACAACUAGAUUUGUAAUGCAUAACUGCAAAUUUAGUACGAGUUGUCGAUCCUUUUGCACUGCAUAAAGAUCCGCUGGUUUCCCGGACUAGUCGGGUUCAGAUCUACAACUGGGUCGCCUGCGUCUCCCGUGCAGCAGCACAUGCGAGGCUGUAGUACUACGUCUCGUCCUGCGGGCAGAACCGCCGAGGGAGAUGAGCCUGCUCGUCGUGAGGCAAGCUCACGAAGAGCUAUGAGUGUGCCUUCUGGUGGUCUUCCCGGAGAUAGUGGUACAACGAGAACGAGGAGUCGGAGGAGCUCCCCCAGAGGCAAAAAACCAUCUUCGGGCUGCGGCACCGUGCUGACGCUGCUGUCGACGGCGCGGAGACUGAAAUCGGCGGCGGAAGUGGAAGAGGAAAGUUCUGAGAAGGCACACAGAACUUCUACACAUGCAACUGCUGUGGCCACCAAAGCAGGAAAGAGCCACGCAGAAGUGCUGCCACCCAAGAUGAACGGGCACCAAAGCAGUGACCGGUAUGAGUACGGUCUGCUGAUUCGGCGGUUAUGCAAUGCAAAAGCAUCGCACUAGUAUAAAUUGCAGUACAAAUUAGCCCAGCCUACAAAUUGAAUUUGUAAUGCUGGUUUACCUUGAGACAGAGAUCGCCGCAAGGUCGCAGCGCGGGGACUCUGUCCCCGCGCCAUGACCUUGUUUGUGAUGCAUAAACGCGAUUGCUACGAGUGCGAUACUUUUGCACAGGAUAGCGGUGGAGGCUGGACGAGGGUGACGAGAAGAGCAAAUCCUUCCCCUCCGGGUAUGCCCUGGAAGAGUAUCUGCAGGAGGAGCCGCGCCGAAGAUCAUCGGAAACAUCCGAGCGGAGCGUAAGUGGACAAUGUGACACGACGCAGGAGGCAGCAGAUGACGUCACGGGCCUCCUGCCCGAGAAGCAUGGUCACAGUAGAAGCCACGACGAUGAUCAUAUCGUCGCAGGCAGCGGUAAAAUAACGCAACGAAACACGGAAGAAGGCGAAGAUCACGCCUCCCUAGCGGAGAUCACGAUAGCCAGAAAUGAUCCGCCGUACAGGGCCACGAGCGCGAAGAUGACAGGAGGUCGGGGAAAGCCAAAACCAAAACGCCACGAAGUACCAGAGAUCGAUGCUGGUCGUGCAAGACCAAUCGACAGGGAAGAGGACGCUGCCACACUGCUCGACGCGGAGGAGGAACAGCGCUUCCUCGAGGGAGAGGAGGACGAGCAUGGUUCGGAGACCGAGCGUGAUCAUGCGCAAAACCAGAAGUAUAUGUCACAAAUGGAAAUAUAUCAGGCGCGCCUUUAUAAAGAAAAUCGAAAUGGCCCGUCAAAUUCACCCACAAAUGGCAAUGCAAAUAGCGCACAGAUGAGCUACAGCAGAACACCACAAGCCAGAGAUAACCGAGCAGACGGAGGUGCAGAAAAAAGUGGGCGCUCGGAGUCAGGUGGCCAUGGCCAGGCUGCGGCUGGAACGACGAACAGAUGCGAAUCUACUUCGCAGAACGACGAGGAGGAGGAGGAGACCAUGCUACAACGCAGUAGCCAGUCGGUGGCCUUCAUCCCGUUCGGAGCGCGACUACAAGAACGAGGACAGCAUCAACGACAGACACAGAUAACCGAAGAUGCUGCGGUCGUCGAUACAAAAACCGAAGCUGCAGCUGCUGCUUCUGAAAAAACCGCAUCUGUCGAGGAAGUCGCGAUCCCCAUGGCGCGGGUCGGGUUUGCGGCGGACGUGGCGACGAAAAUCGCAAGGCUAAUCGCCAAACACGCAGGUGAGCGGGAAAAGGACGGGGUGCUCAACUGGAUCGGGAAUGAAAGCCGCGACCAGGCAAAUCCCCCGACAACUGGAGAUCAUGGUCGGAGAGGUGCGGAAAAAUAUAGUCGUGGUGCGAAGGACGACAAGAGUUCGAAGAACGCGGAACACGAAGAUCCGGAGGCGGGUGAGGCUGCGACCGGAGGUGCAGCUUUGCCUCGUGGUAGGAAGAACGACCCGAUCGGGCAGGAGGACAACGCCUUUGGUACACCGGAGCAAGAAAAUGACCGCCGGGAGCACCACCACGGCGACGUAGUAGACCCCGAAAAAUCAUACUCUUCGUCCUUCCACUGCCUCAAAGGCCCGAACUGCCUGUUCCGUAAUGUCUGCCUGAAGGGAUUCACCUACGACUCUAGCAUAUACAUUGCAAAAGUACUAUGACUACCGUGCAACUUCGUGCGUGAAUUGCAAUACAAAUUUCAUUUCCAAAUAAAAAGAAGAAACGCAAAUUGUGAUGCUGAGUCGCAUCGGGCUACCAAUCUGUCAUGCAUGAUUGCAAUUACUACGUAGGCGGUACUAGGAGUACUUUUGCACUGGAUACACCAACCCACUCGACGAUUUCCGAUCCAGAAUACGGGAGGUGCAUUUCGAGUACUUUUUGCCCGAAGAUGACACGACUUCCGCUGAAGUGGACGAUGUAUCCUGUGCAAAAGUAUCGCACUCGUAUAAAUGCAAUACAAAUUUCCUCAGCAUGAGAAAUAAAAUUUGUAAUGCAGAUUUUCGUUGGAAACAAGAUUUGUAAUGCAAGACUUGCAUUUGUACGAGUACGAUACUUUUGCAAAGGAUACGAUGACCACUCCCACGACGAUUGGGAGACCCACAGCGAUGCGGAUACACGGUACAUUUUUCAAAAUCUGUAUCUGAUGCCAAAUUAUCCAAACAUCAUUCCCAAUCUCCGCCACCUGGUGGCGAAAGCGCGGUUUCACCGGGCGCGUGGUGCUCCCGGGAAGCGGCGGCUCCAAGAACGGGGCAAGAGGGCGCUAGGUUCAGGACGACAUCCAGAUGAAGUUGUGCAUCCUCGCGGUGCUCUCGCCGAUUCCUCGAAAAGCACUCCCAAAACCGCCGUCUUCGUGCAGCGUGCCGGCGGGUUCACACACAACGUCGGCCACGUGAUUCUUGACGAGAUUCUGACGGUGUUUCAGGCCAUGCUGAAGCACGAUAGAAUCGGAAGCGACGAUCGGGAGAUCCAGAUAUCAAAUGCAAAAAUGUCUGGAUGUCUAGCAACUUGUGUUGCUGAUACUUGAAUUGCAAACUUGCUGCUUGUACUGCAUAACAGCAUGAGAAAUUUCGCGGGGCUUAUUCCAAAUUCAUUCGUAUUUAGCAUGACAAAGUACCAUAUUCCGCACGACAAAAAAACUGGCCAAUGGUAUUCAUGCAUUACAGAUCUUUUUGUCCUUGAAGUCCUGCAUCACAAAUCCAGGUCCAGACAUAUUUGCAGUGCAUACCAGAUUCUACUGCACGAAAAGCAGUCCAUGAACAUCAAUGCGUUCGCGCAGCUGCUCGCGACCACGCCCGGUAUUGUGAGGAAAAAUGUCCCCACCCCAGAGUUGUCAUGCAAGCCUGCAUGCGAAAAACGUUUCUCAUGCGGAGCCCCAUGAGAAGCAUUUUCUAUUCGUCAUUGGGAAUUUGUGAUGCUAGAAUCAUCAUAGUAUUGUGGAUCUGUGAUGCUUCUCCUGAAUCAGCUAAACAGGAUUACACUACGGAGACAAACUUGUCAUGCGAAAUAACCAAAUCUGGUGGAUUUGUCUACGCUGAUUUCGCAUCUUGACUCUGGUGUGGGGACGUUUUUACUCAGGAUACCCGGGAAGACUACUUCAUCUACACCCGCAGGUGGUUUUACCGGCGCUUCUACCGCUGCUGGUGGAACUUCCAACGUUUUCGACUGGACGGACAUCGAUUUGACCACCGAAGUGGAUUUUUCUGCACCCGCUUUGAAAUCGUCGGAAAUAAAAGUUCACCGUUGCUUUCCGGAGCUCAUCCUCGGUUGGGCCCGGUUCCAGGGCUACUGGCACUUAGGGUUUGCCGAGCUGCAGCAGUACUUUCUGCUUCCAAGACACAGCAUCAUAUGACAGUGCACAACUUCCCAUCGUCCCCCUCAUUUGUAUAGCAUGAACGCCAAUACAAGCAUUAGCAAGAGUGCCGGCUUUGCAUGACAACGUUUGCACUGGAGUGUAGUCCUAUUUUGGCGGCUACCAGCAGAACUUGUCAUGCAUAAGAGUGCCAAGAGGAAAAGAGUGGAUUGAGUAUUUUGCAUGAGAAAUGAGGGGGAACGGGAGUUCUUGUGCACUGUCACACAUCACCGCGGGCAUCCAGAAGUACCAGGACCUGCUGAAAUUCAAGGAGUACGUAUCGUGAGGAAAAAACUGUGUAAGUGUAAAUCUGUGAUGCAGAACAUGCAACAGAGUUACGCCUGUCAUGCCAGACAGCCACGCAGUCCUCUUUUCAUGUGUGUUUUCCCUAAUCAACCACGCAUGACAGGUUUUCUCUGUCAUGUGGAGCAAAUUUGUGAUGCUGUCAGCCAAAGAAAGUUACACUAACACAGUUUUUUUCUUGGAUAUUACGUGUGGCGGAGGUUUGGGAUUGCGAAGAGGGAGAACAUAUCCUGAGUAAAAACGUCUCCUCUCGAUUCCUUUCUGAAAAUUCGAAAUUUCUCUGUGCUUUAAAUUUGGUCUUUUCCAGUACAUAAACACCCCAGAGUUGUCAUGCAAAUCUACAUGCUGAAAAUGUUUCUCAUGCGGAGCUCCAUGAGAAGCAUUUUCUAGUCGUGUUUUUCAAUUUGUCAUGCUCCAAUCAGCAUGGUAAGCUAGAUCUGUGAUGCUGCUGAGCUAGCUCAAACAGCACUACACUACGAAUCCAAAUUUGUCAUGCAAAACAGCCAAAACUUGCGGAUUUGUCUAGCCGGUUCCCCAUCCUGCCUCUGGUGUGAGUACGUUUUUACUCAGGAUAGAACAAAGAACGGGAUUAUGCCGGCGCGGGCGGGGUACUGGUUCCUGGUGCAGCAUCUUCGACAAGAGCUAGUGCGCCCCCUACUUCCGUGCUGUACAACAUUACCAUCGUGCUGAAAAACCGGCAUUCCGCCGAAAACUGCUGCGUCAUGACCAACGCAGACCAACUGAAACGGUAUUUGCUGCGAAGGUUCUUCAGGAGUAAGAGUUCAGGAGCCACCAGCACCGCUGCAGGACCAACUACAUUCCGCGAGGACACGGAAAGAAUGAAAGAUGUUGCACCUGUUCCUACGUCGCAUGGCUUUCAAGUUGAAGAAUUGUCUGGGCUGCAACUACAGCGCGCAAGCAUCGACCAAGUGCUGCUGCUCAACUGGUCGGAUUUGAAGGGCAGCUGGCAGAAGCAAGUGGAGGUUAUGGCGUACACGGAUAUUCUGCUAUCCUUCCCCGGCGCGGACGUCUGCAGCUCGGUGUUUAUGCCCACAGUGAGUGGCUUUAUUCUCCCCGAUCGACUGCUGGGCUGGGCGCCAGAGGAAAAAGACACGCUCGAGCUGGUGCGGCAAGACGUCAAGCAGGAGAAGCGGAAGCGAGGUCUGAGCGAACAGAGCCACGAGGUGCUGCAAGUGGACGCCUUUGGAAAAAUCGUCGUGAGCAGUAGCGGCGGCGGCGAGAAUUCGCAAGGUCGUCGUAGUGCUCUGCAUCAGAAGCUCAAUCUCGAACAGCAGGUGAAGCUGUUUUACCAGCGCCGGUUUCACCGCUUUUUGAAGGUGACCGCGACCUCCAGUGCAGUUGAAGAGGAACAAUUUGGGGAGGAUAGUGGGCAGUUUCCUGCGGGUAGUCCAGGCGAGAGCGCAGGAUCCCCCACUUCCAGCGUCGUCGACUACAUGCGGCAGCAUUUGCAGUAUCAAAUGCAAAUAUGUCUGGGUCUGGAAGAUUGCAACUUGUCAUGCUAAGUCUGAAUCAGGCAAAAGACUGUGUUGCAUGAUUGCCAAAAGCUGUGCACUUUUGACCUAAUCGAGAGGCAGUUUCUCAUGCAGGAUAAGCAUUGGAAAGGUAAAGGUUAUUUCGCAGAAUCUGUCAUGCUAUGUCCUGCAUACCACACUUCAUGGGUUAUGGAAAAUCUGCAUCACAAAUCUAACAAUCUUCCAGACCCAGACACUUUUGCAAUCCAUAUGCAGCAGCACGAGGUGAAUUCCCACGGAAUCUCGGCCAAGGGUUGGGAGGGCCUUGGCUUCAUCGACAUGGUCUUCACGCACCGGCUACCAAAUGUAAAAAUGUCUGGGUCUGGAAGAAUGCAACUUGUCAUGCUAAAUCUGAAGCAUCCAUAAAUGUGUGUUGCAUGAUAGUACCAAAAGUCGUCCAGUUUUGACCAAGUCGGGAGGGUGUUUCUCAUGCAGGAUGGGCAUGAGAGAUAUAAUCGCCCGGAAUCUGUCAUGCUAGGUCCUGCAUUCCAGACCUCAUGGGUCAUGGAAAAGCUGCAUGACAAAUCGCGAAUUCUUCCAGACCCAGACAUUUUUACAUUUGAUACCGGCCCUACCUCAACAUCAAGCUGAUGCCCCAGUACGUGGCGGGCGUCACGUAUGAAAGUGCACAACAUCCUGUCCCCCUCAUUUGUCAUGCAAAUUGCCAAAUCCAAGCUGUGCAUUUUGGCAGUGUCUGCAUGACAAGUCCUGGUACUUAGCCCAAACAGCACUGCAAUCCAGUGUGAAUUUGUCAUGCAAAACCGGCACUCUUGCUGAUGCUUGUCUUGCCGUUCAUGCUAUACAAAUGAGGGGGAGGGGGAGUUGUGCACUGUCAUAUCACGAACACCAGCGUGGCGCGGCCGACGUUCGUUUUGUCGCCGCGAAAAUCGGUCUUCGAGCAGGUGCCCUCGCCGCGGGACCGGCACAGUACUGCGGAGUUCGACAACGUCAUGUACCGGAAAGCCAACCCGUCCGCGGUGAUUCCCCCGGAGUUUCCGCACGAGGAAUUUUUCCGCUACGAAUCGGUCAUCAACGGCAGCAUCUUCUGGCCGAAGAACACGGUGAUCCGAAAUGUCCAUCAGGGCGGCUUCCAGAAAAUCGGCGACCUCGUGGAGAGUCUGCUGGACUACUUUCAGCGGAUCAAGGGCUGAGAUUGGAUGAAACACGUGUCGGGAAACAGCAACAGAUGGCGCAGCGCUAUGGCACUGAAAAUUUGCGACCGCGAGGACCUGUAAUGAGUAUAAUGAAUUAAGCAUCUAAAAAAAAUGCUACUGAGUAAAAACAAAGCACAAUCUAAAAAGACUCAGAGUCGCGAACAGAUUACAACAAUCAUCAAAGCAUCGAAAAGUUACAAUCAUCAAAGCAUCGAAAAGAUUACAAUUAUUACGGCGUUUGUUGCCAAAGACGCGCAAGAGCAAUACAAGAUAUCUGUAUCUGAUUUUAUGACACUCUUCUUUUCUCGACUAAGUUCUGAU